AUGGCGGCGGAAUCAUUUCCGGGGGGUGAGGAAGAAUUUCAAGAACAAACAAAAAAAGCCUUCUCGGGAAAGGUACAAAAUUAUAAAUUUUACUUGGAAGAAAAUCUAUUGAAAUGGGAAGAAGGUUUAUGGACAAGGGGCUCCAUAAAACUUUUUCCCGAAACCGACAUCACUAAUUUUUCCGAUAUAGUUCUAACAACACUUGAAGAUUUCAUUCUUAGUCAAACAAUAUCCUCAGCAAUUUCUGAGGAAAAUACAAAAUUGCGCGAUGAGAAUGAAAGUUUCAAGUGUCAAUUAGAGGAAAUGAUAAAAAUGAAGGAUUUAGAAAAACAUUUGCUGUCGAAAUUUAUUUUACUUUUGAAUGAAAAGAAACGGAAAAUUAGGGAACUAGUGGGAGAAAUUGAAAAAUUGAAGGAAAAAUACGAACCGUCUGCUUAUCAAUUGUCGACUGAUGAGGAAAUUAGUGACGAUGAGAAAGAAAUGAAUGUUACUGAUAGUCCGAUACCUUCGACAAGUAAUGCGAGUUGUAAUAAAUUAAAAACUGAGGACAAAAUUGUAGAUUUUGACACUAAGAGGGAAAUGGAAAUUGAAGAGAAAGUUCGUGUUGAUGACAGUAGGUCUUCUAGUCCAAAACCUUCGACAAGUAGUUCAUUUAAUAGAAUACUAGAAUCGACUCCAAGUAAAAGUAAAAAAUUGGAUGAAAAACAAUCAUUUUCGAUUCCACUGAGACGUAGAGGUUCGAUAAUGGACGAAGAACUCGAAGAUAUUGUGAAUAGUGUUGUAAAUAGUGUUCCUGAAAAAAGUACCUGUCGAUCAGCAGUUAAAUCACGUAAAUGUUUAUUCGAAGAAAGUGACGAAGAAAUAGAAUUGAAAUUUGACACUCAAACUCAAUAUCAAAUAGAUGAAGAUAUAUUUUCAUAAUAUUUUUUCACUCCCGAUUUUAUUUAUUGCAAUAUUAUUUAUAUCUUCGAUUACAUCGUUCAUGAAAAAGUUUUAUCGACAGGCAUAAUUUUUUUCGGGAACAUUUUUCUUUCUAGCCAUUUCUUUUUUCUCAUUUUUUUAUUUUCAUCUUUAAUUAUCUGCAUGAUUUUGUCAAGCAAAUGUUUUUCUACUCCUAUUUUCAAU